AUGGCUAUUUCAGUCUCUUCUUCUGGCAUAGGUAUUGCUCAUCUCCCUAACCAAAGACACAAGAUCGUGACCAACCAAGGCUGUGACUUCACUAUCAUGGUCUGUGGUGAGUCUGGUCUCGGGAAAACAACGUUUGUCAACACACUCUUUACAACCACUUUAAAGGAACCCAAAGAUCAAUCGAUUAGACAUACAAAACAAUUAGACAGAACUGUCGAAAUUGAAAUUACAAAGACAGAAAUCGAAGAGAAAAUGUUUAAAGUCAAACUAUCUAUUAUAGACACACCUGGUUUUGGUGAUUAUGUCAAUAGCCAUAAUAGCUGGGUUCCUAUUUCAGAAUUCAUUGACGAUCAACAUGAAAGUUUCAUGCGUCAAGAACAACAGCCAGAUAGAAAGAACAAGAUUGAUAUGCGAGUCCAUGCAUGUCUAUACUUUAUUCGUCCUACAGGUCAUAGAUUGAAGCCUUUAGACAUUGAAAUGAUGAAAAGACUCGGUUCUCGUGUCAACCUGAUUCCUGUGGUAGCCAAAGCAGACACAUUGACACCCAAAGACUUGGCUGCCUUUAAAGAACGUGUACGUCAAGACAUUGAAGCCCAUCACAUCAAAGUCUACCAAUGCCCUGUAGAAAGUGAAGACGAAGAUGUAACCAACCUGAACCGUGAUAUCACAGCUGCUAUGCCAUUCUCUAUCAUUGGCUCACUUGAAAACGUUCAGACACCCGACGGUCGUACAGUCAAGGGCCGUGCCUAUUCUUGGGGUGUGGCUGAAGUAGAGAAUGAAGCUCAUUGUGAUUUUAAGAAACUGAGACACUUGUUGGUUCGUUCACAUAUGUCUGAUUUGAUUGAGACUACAGAGUCUGUUCAUUAUGAGAAUUAUCGUCUGAAUGAAAUGGCUACACGUAAAUUUGGUGAAAGCAAGGUGGUCAAGGUAGAGAAUCCCAAGCACCGAGAAAAAGAAGAAAACCUUCGAAAGGAAUUCACAGAACAAGUCAAGAAAGAAGAGAACCGUUUCCGCCAAUGGGAAGCUCAACUAGUUUCUGAACGUGAUCGUCUCAACAAGGAUUUGGAAAUGCGACAUGCACAAAUCAAGGCACUUGAACAAGAGCUGGAAGCUUUGUAUCACAAAAAUGGUGGCACCAUGAGAAGAUAA